AUGGCUUCACUGACGGGCAGAGGGCUGACCGUGGGACGCACCGUCGCACCUGCCACGCUGGCCGGGACGGAGGACGGGGCAGGAGCCUAUGAGGUCGUCAGCGCCUCGCUCUUGGAUGGAGACUUCCGGAACCCGAGGCGCAGCGCCCGCGGCGAGAAUCACCCAGAGGUGCUGACUUUUCGAAUACAACUGGAGAGCGAGGAGCUGAUCGUGAAUCUGGAACGAAACGAAGGCCUCAUUGCCAGCGGUUUCACGGAAACGCAUUACCGGCAGGACGGCACGGAGGUGGCCCUCGCUCGGAACCACACGGGUCAUUGUUACUACCACGGGCACGUGCAAGGACGCCCCGGCUCCACGGCCAGUCUCAGCACCUGCUCGGGUCUCAGGGGACUCAUUACGUUUGAAAAUAAAAGCUACGUCCUAGAGCCGAUGGACAAUGUAACCGACAGAUACAAGCUCUUCUCGGCCGAAGCCCUGAAGGGCAUCUGGGGGUCGUGCGGGUCGCAUCCCAGCACCUCGGGCCCCACUGCAGGCGGCGGGCGCCCACCGCCCUCCCGGACGCGGCAUAAGAGAGAAACCCUGCAGAUGACCAAGUACGUGGAGCUGGUUAUUGUCGCCGACAACCGCGAGUUUCAGAGGCAAGGAAAGGACCUGGGAAAAGUGAAGCAGCGACUAAUAGAGAUCGCGAACCACGUGGACAAGUUUUACAGGCCGCUGAACAUCCGCAUCGUGCUGGUGGGCGUGGAGGUGUGGAACGACAUCGACAAGUGCCCCAUCGGCCAGGACCCCUUCACCAGCCUGCACGAGUUUCUGGACUGGAGGAAGGCGAAGCUCCUGCCUCGCAAGGCCCACGACAACGCACAGCUUGUCAGUGGGGUCUAUUUCCAAGGGACCACCAUCGGCAUGGCGCCCAUCAUGAGCAUGUGCACGGCGGAGCAGUCCGGGGGCAUCGUCAUGGACCACUCGGACAGCCCCCUGGGCGCGGCCGUGACGCUGGCGCACGAGCUGGGCCACAACUUUGGGAUGAACCACGACACCCUGGAGCGCGGCUGCAGCUGCCGGACGGCCCCGGACAAGGGGGGCUGCAUCAUGAACCCCUCGACCGGGCAACUGGGCACCAUGCAGCUGAGGUUUUUUGCAGCUGGGCUCCGUGCAGCUGGGCUCCGUGCAGCCGGGCUCCGUGCAGCCAUGCAGCUGGGCUCCGUGCAGCUGGGCUCCGUGCAGCUGGGCUCCAUGCAGCUGGGCUCCGUGCAGCUGGGCUCCGUGCAGCUGGGCUCCAUGCAGCUGGGCUCCGUGCAGCUGGGCUCCGUGCAGCUGGGCUCCAUGCAGCUGGGCUCCGUGCAGCUGGGCUCCGUGCAGCUGGGCUCCAUGCAGCUGGGCUCCGUGCAGCUGGGCUCCGUGCAGCUGGGCUCCAUGCAGCUGGGCUCCGUGCAGCUGGGCUCCGUGCAGCUGGGCUCCAUGCAGCUGGGCUCCGUGCAGCUGGGCUCCGUGCAGCUGGGCUCCAUGCAGCUGGGCUCCGUGCAGCUGGGCUCCAUGCAGCUGGGCUCCAUGCAGUUGCAUUGGACGCUGUUCCGCCGCGUGUUGAUCCUGGAAGAACUGGUCUGUCCGCCAGGGGAGCUGCACAGGUUUCCACAGACGUGUUGCUCCCGCGGGACAAAUGAAGAGGCGUUCAGCUUGGAGCUGGAGAAGCCCGGAGGCCUCAAGCGGCUGACAGGCACCUUUGUCUGCACCGGGCGAGGGGAGGGGAACGAAUGUACCAGCCGCUGCUGCAACGCCUCCACCUGCACCCUGACGCCGGGCGCCGUCUGCGCACACGGGCUCUGCUGUGAACACUGCCAGCUGAAGCCUGCGGGCACGGCCUGCCGGGGCGAGCGGAGCGGGGAGGAGACAGACAAGGGUGGAGCUGGGGGCUGGGGGCUGGGGCGCUGGCACCGCAGCAGGAAGGGAGGCGCGAAGCCCGCCCCUGGGAUCUGCUUUGAGAGAGUCAACUCCGCAGGCGACCCCUACGGCAACUGCGGCAAAGACGCCAAGAGCUCCUUCGCUAAGUGCGAGACCAGGGACGCCAAGUGCGGGAAGAUCCAGUGCCAAGGGGGUGCCAGCCGGCCGGUCAUCGGCACCAACGCCGUCUCCAUAGAAACGAACAUCCCACUGCAGGAAGGGGGCCGGGUCCUGUGCCGCGGGACCCACGUGUACCUGGGCGACGACAUGCCGGACCCGGGGCUGGUGCUGGCCGGCACCAAGUGCGCGGACGGAAAAAUUUGCCUCAAUCGUCGGUGCCAAAACAUCAGCGUGUUUGGUGUGCACGAGUGUGCGAGGCAGUGCCACGGCAGAGGGGUGUGCAACAACAGGAAGAACUGCCACUGCGAGGCCCACUGGGCGCCCCCUUUCUGCGACAAGGUCGGCUUCGGAGGAAGCACAGACAGCGGCCCCAUCCGGCAAGCAGGUCACCGAGGCCUCACGGCCGGCGUCCUGGCCAGCAUCCUGUGUCUCCUCGCGGCCGGGCUUGCGGUUUAUCUCAAAAGGAAGACGCUGGUCCGACUGCUGUUUACAGACAAGAAGACCCUUGAGAAGCUAAGGUGCGUGCGCCCGGCCCGGCCCCCUGGCGGC